AUGCCGCGUCUGCUAGCUACUCAGUCUCAUGUCGUGCAUGGAUUCGUCGGUAAUAAAGCUGCCACAUUUCCGCUGCAAUGUAAAGGUUGGGACGUUGAUUGCUUGAAUAGUGUACAGUUUUCCAAUCAUACCGGUUAUGGCAUGGAAAGGGUGUUCGGAACCUGUACUUCGGCACAAGAACUGCAGUUGGUUUUUGACGGGUUAAAAGUGCUCAGCGAUUACGAUGCAAUGUUGUCUGGCUAUUUGCCAAAUCAAGAAUCAGUGGCAUGUAUGGCCAAGAACUACAAAGAGCUUAAAAUGAAACAGCCGAAUUUAAUUUGGCUAUUAGACCCGGUUAUGGGUGAUAAUGGCCAACUCUAUGUGAGCAAGGAUGUAAUUCCAGAAUACAAGUCCUUGGUGCAAUCGUCCUUGGUGGACGUCAUAACUCCGAACCAAUUCGAACUGGAGAUUUUGUAUGGACGAGAAAUUCACAGUUUACGGGAACUUCAAAGCGCGCUUCACACGCUUCACAAGACUGUGCCCAUUAUCGUGGUUACCUCCUGCUCGCCCGAGCUAUUCAACGAUUCCGAGCAUCUUUACUGCGUGGCAUCCAAGCGGGGCCAAACUCCCACUAUCUACAGAGUUCCAAUUAUUGACUCAUAUUUCACAGGUGUUGGCGAUUUGUUUUCAGCGCUCCUGCUAGAUACUAUUUACAACAUGCAAAAGGGUCCAAAGUCCAAGGAUGUCGUCAGUCUGGAUAUCAACCAUGUGCUAGGAAUAGUUCAAAAGGUCUUAGCCGUGACAUUGGAAAACUCUCCUACAAACAUCAAGGCUGCCAUGGGAUCGCCGCUUACAAUGAAGGAAAUGGAACUCAGGAUCAUAGAAAGCAGAGAUUGGUAUGUUUUUGCCGGCCCCACCGACAAUUUCGUUUAUAGACAACUGGAUGCAAUAUAG